CAUCUCUAUACAUCUGUACAGUUUAUGGAUAGACUUCAUUUCGUUCAAUUUUGUUCUUGUUUUGUUAUCUACCAAUUUCCAGAAAUGUUUUUGAGAUGGAUAAAACUAAUUAUAUUCGAAAAAGACUGAUUUAUAAAUGAAGUGACUGAAACGUAGAUGUGUUGUAAGUUUUAGUGUAGUUUGUGAUACGAGUUUUAAUGAUUGAUGUAACGAACCAGUGUACGGCAAGAUGGACGAAUUGUCUAAGGGCAUGACACAAACAGGAAGCAUCGCCGCAACUGACAAAAUUCAAGAAAAUGAUGGUACAUCGACUCCGGUAGUAUAUUUAAAUGAGUCGUGUAUGGAGUGGGAGAGGGUACGAGCGGCGAGCGAACGGCUGGGCCCGGUGGCGGCGGCGCCGAGCCCGGACACGCUGCCGCCGCCACAACCACCACCGGCGCCGCCCUCUUAUCUCAUUACUUCAGUCUUUGACGGUGAAUUGUUCGAUGCAGCACACAGAGCAAAAUACAGGGUGUUGGGUCCAACAGCGGUAUUGCAAAUGGCGGAGCGCGACGAGCCACAACCAACGAACACCCGCCCGCUUUAUUCGCUGUCGAUGCGUGGUGCCGUCAUAUGCUUUUCUGGAUUUCGGAAAAAAGAUGAACUUACGUACCUGAUAACACUGAUACACUACAUGGGAGGGUCAAUCCGUAAAGAUACAUGCGUUAAGAUGACGCACCUAAUCGCAACGGCAGCUACUGGCCGCAAGUACCACUACGCGUCGGGCUUCGGAUUGCCUAUACUAUCCAAAUCAUGGGUGGACGCCUGCUGGGAACGCCGCGAUGACCCCACCUUCUCCGCCAUGGAUGAUGCUAUAAUUAAAGAGCACAAACUGAAGGUGUUCGCGGGAGCCCGAAUAUGUUUCGUGGGCUUCCCUGAGGAUGAAACGGAACACAUGGCGGAGGUGCUCGCCAGCAACGGCGGCUCUACUUGCGCCAUCGACGACCCCGACUGCACGCAUGUCGUAAUGGCCAAUGGGGAGACUUUCGGUCGUUCGCUUAUCCUCUCGCCUCGCCCAAAUACUCCAUCCUCGAUGAAACCAUCCCGUGCCACUCCCAGUCGCUCCCAGUCUACUCCCAAAAGUUCUUUGUACCGUAGACUUUCAGCCAGGCUCUCAGGCCGCCGCGGUAGCCCUAAACAAGUAGAUGAUCCUAAAGAAUUUCCUGGAAGCCAGAGCGAAGCUCGCAUCCAACUUGCAAGAAACAGUAUUAGUGAAAAACAAACCAUAUCCAAAGAUCAAACAGAUAAUGUCAGUAUUACUAGUUUAGUAGGAAGAUCGUUUACGGAUAACGUACACGCAUGUAAUGACAAUAAUAAAAGUACAUCGAAUUCAGAUCGUAUAGAGUUUCGGAAAUGUGAAACAUACGACAAAGAAAAUAUGUAUAUAUGUAAUCUUCUACGUAGUCCCGUAGAAUACAAUGCGAAAGAUAAGAGAGAAGUUUUUAGAAAUAAGUCCAUGAAUGUUUUUAAUUUAGUUGAUUGUUUAACGGAGGCUGGAUCUCUGCACUCUUCAUUUACAAAGAGUUUAUGUGAUUUAGAUUCCAAGGAUGAAACCGGUUUUUUACUACCGAGUUCAAAUGGUGGGAAGGAGUUACAACAUUCAAAUACUACUAUUUCUUCUGGUAAAAAGAGAAGUCGCAAUUCCACAGAUUCCAAUUUUCAAGUUAGCUGUAUAGAUGCUAAUGUAUCACCAGAUAAAGGCGAGGAUAGUAACUGGAAAUCGAUAAAGAGAUUAAAAAUCAAAGAUUCGUUUAAAUUCAAGAAUAGACCAACCAUAUUUAAGAGAAGCAAAAAAGAUUCAGUCUCUAAAGUAACGGGAGAUAUUACAGUGGAACCAGUGAGUCCGGACAGUGUGAAACCUACCGAUCCCGCAGGAGAGUACGUGGCCUCCACGUCUUCCCCCAUCAGAGAAGACGAUAAUACAUCUAUUUGCUCGAUAAACACAAGCAAACAGUCUGGUUUCUUUGACAUCUCAUUUGCAUCAAUACGCAGUUCUAAAACGGUCAAAUCUGCUUCGAAGUUACGCAGAAGUGUUAAGUCGUUCACGGCCUCUUUUCGCAGCGAACGUAAAAAGAAAUAUGAGAAAAGGCUCGAACGCAAUACCGUCGAAGUCGACGUACGUCACCUCCCUGCCGACUUGAGGAACGUUUCCACGCCAAAGAGGGACCUCGACGCGAUGAAUUUAGAUAUUUCUCCUGUGCAAGUGGACACUAUUGAUAGCACUGAACCGCAGACACCGACGACAGAGUCCUGCGUGGAUGAGUUGGAUGAUUCGACAAUAUUUAAAACACCCCAAAGCGUUUGGCCCCGCGGCGGGCCGUCCCUCCCCGUCCCGCCCCUCCCCGCCGGCGCGCGCCCCCCGCCGCCGCCCGUCGCCGCUCUCCCGCCCCGCGACGCCCGCGCCAUAUCGCAAUGCCAUGGAAUAUUGCUGCCGGUAGUGGACGAGCACAACACGGUUGUGUUACCGGAGUGUGCGGAGCAAGUGCACAUCGUCAAGGCGGAGUGGUUCUGGGCCUCCGUUCAAAAUGAGGAAGCACAGGACGAAAAGGAUUAUCUCUUCAAAGAUUACCUGGAGGAAGUGUCGAGGCGGUCGUCAGUGGGCGGCGUGGCGAUGGCCGCGGCGGCAGGCGGCGAGGAGGGCAGUGCGUCGGGCACAGGCUCGGGGGCGGGCGCCCCGGCAGGCAGCAGCGCCUCGAGCGGCACGCCCUCGCAGCUGCAGCGGCUGCGCAAGCGCAAGCUGCGGGGCUGUGAAUCGGCGCUGCAUAAGCGACGCUCGUCCGUCGGCGACACCGUGCUGCUUAACCUCUCCGAAAACCUACUCGAUAUCAGCACACCCUCACCUGUCGGAAAACAGCUGCUCGAAGUUGGAGAAUCCGAAGUACCCGAUAAUGUAGUGCGUAAGUUGAUGUCUCCCCGGCAGCAAGUAUUUAUGGAGUUAUUACAAACGGAAUCGAAUUACGUAGGGAUACUGCACACUAUAGUCACGAUGUUCAAACAACCAUUAGAGGAAAUGGUCGAGGAGGACAACAGUAACGGAAAAUACCAAGCAUUGCUCAAUAAUACAGAACUAAGAAAUAUAUUUGGAAACUUACCGCCUAUAUAUGAAUUGCAUCAGCGCAUGUUAGAAGAAUUACGCUACACGCAGACGCAUUGGAGCGAGGAGGCGAACAUUGGCCGCAUCGUACUCAAAUAUACUACCGACAUGCUCAAAGCGUACCCGCCCUUUAUUAAUUUUUUUGAGAACACCAAGGAGAUGCUACAACAAUGUGAUCGUGAGAAUCCAAGAUUUCAUGCAUUCCUGAAGAUCUGUCAGACUAAACCAGAGUGCGGCAGACAAAGCUUACAGGAGCUUUUAAUAAGACCAGUGCAACGGUUACCUAGUAUAAGUUUAUUACUGGAUGAUAUUCUUAAGCAUACGCACAAAAACAACCCAGACCAUUCAGCAUUGGUGUCGGCUCUGGCAGGCCUUCGUGAAGUCAUGUCGCAUAUUAAUGAAGAUAAACGAAAAACCGAAGGGCAAUUACAAAUGUUCGAUAUUUAUCAUGACAUAGAGCAAUGUCCGCCACAUUUAGUAUCUUCACAUCGAUCGUUUGUUGCACGCUGUGAAGUAGUAGAGCUAUCCAAAGAGUUAUCGGGACGAGGGGACCAUCUUGUAUUAUUUCUCUUCACAGACACUAUGGAAGUAUGCAAGAAACGAUCCAAAGCAUUCAACAGCAAAAGUCCAACUAAUGGAACAAGUACGAUGCGGUCGAGUAAACCUUAUAGACACAUAUCGCUAAUGCCUUUGAGUACUGUCAAGCGAGUCGUCGAUAUAAGAGAAGCGGAAGAUUGUCACAAUGUGUUCGCGCUAAUGUGCCGCAGUAACCAAGAGCUGAAGGAAAAAUUAUACUCGUUCAUGAUCACUGACGAGACGGUCGACAAGUCGCACUUUCUCCGGCAGCUGUGUCGACAAAUGGCCAAUACUGUCUGCAAAGCCGAUGCUGACAAAUUCCUUGCGUGCCUAGAGUCACAUCAACUAGACAUCGACACGAGCGAUCUCGCACUCAGCACACUAUCCAAAGUUUCGAAAUUCGCCGCGCGUACAAGGAUCAAGCUGGAGGCGCUGGCGGGGCUGAGCGGCUGGCUGCGUCCCGAGCCGGCCAGCGGGCUGCUCGAUACAUGGGUAUUGCGCGCUCACUUACUCGCACAGGUGGGGCGCGCUCUCUCCUUCAAUAAGACCCCGUCGAAACUCAAACGCGCCAUGUCCUCGAUGAUCUCACCCUUCGGCUCCCAAGCGAACCUGACACCCGCCUCGCAACUUGCCCAGAUGAAGCUAGCCAGUUGCAAUAAUAUCAAUGAGAUGGGCACCAGCGGUGGUGGGUGCGGCGAAGGCGCGGAGGUGCUGGUGGCGCCACUGUCGGUGCAGCCAACGCGAAAAGCGGCGGGUGCAGCGGCAGCGCUGCGCCGUUUCUGACGGCGUCGAUCACGCCGCGCCUGAUGCCACCCCUAGUCACGUCCGUCACAGGCACGGGCCCGACUCGAAUCAGCCAAAGUUUUUACUCUUCCACGGAAUUCCGAAGCUAAUUAGUUUAUGUGCCGCGGAAUAUUCUCGUGUGAAGAACGGAGUGAACCAAUGAACUAAUUACGCGGGGCUCGUACGCUGAACUUUUAUGUGUCCCGUUUCGGUAGGUUAUGCCAUAAGCGAUUAUAUUCUAUAACGUUCAGUGAUCCAGUGCUAAUUAAAUAUUAUGCUUACAGGAACAGGGAUGUGGCAAUUCAAUGUAAUUUAUUUGUUUAUAAAAUAAAUAUAGUGGGUGAAGAUGAUGAGUAUUGUAUGCGUGCUAGGAGUGCCUUUGUGUGAGCCAGAUUGGAAUUAAAAGGUAGAAUAUUAGUAAAUUAUUUGAUAGUAUUAUUACAUUAAACGGCCUAUAAAAACGAAUAUUACGUGUUGUAUACAUAAAAGAUUAUAUUAUUGAAUAUAAAAUGUUAAAGUGUAUAUUUUAUGAGAAUGUAUGACUCAGGAUCUAAAUCCAUUAAAAUAAAGGAUUUUCAAUCGGCGUAAAAUUAUGAUAUUUUCUCGUCUCAAGUUAUUGUGAUUGUAAAAUAUAAUCUUAUUGAUUUUGAUAAUUAUCUCGAAUUUCAGUGUUUAGUCGGAUAUGGACAUUUUGGGAUCAGUCAAAGUAGGGUUUAAAUGUAAAUAGAAUGUUUCACACAAGCUUGUGUCACACAGUAAUUGUUAUUGAUAUUACGAGAUACUCCUUAAUAAUAUGUACAUAUUGUGAUAUUUUAAUUUAAACGUGAAAUAGGCGUCGUAGGUUAAAGUAGUGUUAUAUUCUAUACCUACCUUAAUUGUUUUGCUAUUGAUUGAAAGCGUUCCUAAAUACUUGCCCUUCGGAGGCAUAGUUACCCGAGUAUUGAAUAUCUUCUAAGUGAAGCAGUCCAUAGUGGCUGCACUUUACAUAUCGUACGGUGCGCAAGCGAUACACAUCUAGUUUUUAAUAAAUAUACAUCAUGUUGUCUCCUCGGACAGCUCGAGUCUCACAAUGUCUAUUAUUUGUAUUGGCAAUCAUGUGUACGUAUGUUCAAACAUUGUACAAAGAUCUAUAUUUAUAAACAUUUUAAAUGAUUGAUACAAUAAACAUUUAUUGUCAACCA